AUUUUCAAUUCUCGAUUAUAUUCGAGUGUGAAAAAUUAUAGCAGCAUAAAAUACAACGCCGCUCGAAUUAUCUCGAGUGUGCACAGUUUGGCCUGUUUAGCGCGCUCGAAUUAACUCGAGCGUACAAGUUAAGGGGUUAAAGUUAUCAUUAUUUGAUCAUUUUAAUCUCAGCACUAGGCAGAUUUACAAAAGUGGAAUUGCGAUUAAUUCUUAUUAAGGUAACAAUAUAUUGGAGUAAAGAUAAUCUACAUGUAUAUGAUUUCCUAGUAUUCCAUGAAGAUCCUGUUAUGCGUUAUAAACAUGUAAGAUUAGCUCUCGAUAAAACAUGUAUUAUUCCUUAUUGCAUUAUUAUCCGAUCUGUGAAGGAAAUUCGAAAAAAAUCCGCGAUAGGAAAGAUAAGAUGCAUUGUUCGCACUGCGCAACGGCGGAACAUUUGAUUGUCCCGCGGCGUCCCGUAUAUUUAGCGGGCUUCCGAGUUCGUUAAACAGUAACUUGCGACUCUCGAUGCACGAUGACAACUCUCACGAUCGGUGUGGUUGCAUCGUGCAAUGUUUAGGUGUCCGACGAGACACCGCGCUCGAGGAACGUCCCAUUUGCUUUCAGUUUGAAAGUUAUGUCACGUAACAACAUCCAACUAACGUAUCGACUUCACAAGCACCGAAGGAUCAAGAAUCAUUCGAGAUUAAAUAAAGAGAGAAACAUUUUCACUUCGGGCAAUCUGUUAUUUAUUGCGAUAUUGUUACGCGAUUAUUGUUAUUCGACCGAAUUCUUAUUUUGUAACAUAGUUCUUUAAAAAUGAGCUUUCUGCGCAAGUUGUUAUUUGGUAAGUGUGUCUCACUUCAAAGUUACAGCUAUAAGCGUUUUUAUCAUGCAGUAUUCUUUUCGUGUGUCUCUUAUGAUCUUAUAUAUUUAUAUAUAUGUAUAUAUCCAGGUAAAUACCUGUUUAUCACCAACACUGUGAGCUGUGGCUUGAUGAUGGCAGCGGGCGAUGCGAUCCAGCAGCGUAAUGAACAUUGGAGGAAACACUGUUCUCAAAAAUACUUCUUGAGUAGUGUCAUAGCAGCGUCGUUGGAGGAAGGAGAGAAAACAACAGCAGUUUCUGGCGAUCCCGUGUACGGGCACGAUUAUAUGAGGACGAGGAACAUGGCAGUUGUAGGGUUGCUGCAGGGCCCGUUUCACCAUUGGUUCUAUAUGUUCUUGGACAGAGUCUUCCCGGGUAAGGGCGCGAGGUCAGUUAUCAAGAAAACGCUUCUCGACCAGACGAUCGCGAGUCCCACAUGUCUGACGAUAUUCUUCGUCGGUCUCGGGGUCCUGGAACGUCGCAGGAUCGAGGAGAUCUGCCAGGAGUUGAAGACGAAGUUUUGUGCUACAUGGAAAGUCGAUUGUUGUUUCUGGCCUCCCACGCAGUGCAUUAAUUUCCUCUUCGUGCCGUUGCAUUAUCGAGUACUUUACACAAACGCUAUGACCAUGGUCUACGAUAUUUUUCUGUCGUACAUGAAAUAUGUAAGUUUAUUUUCAUUCGUUAUAUUAUUUAAAACGAACGUUUAUGAAAUUGUCGAAAAUAGAGCGACGCAGUGAUUUCCCGACUUUUUUUUCCUUGCAGGAUGCUCACUUCGAAUGAUGGCAGGAAAUCUCAUGACUAGUCAAGAUGAAGUAACGUAAAAAUUAAGUUAUAAUCAUGCUGAGCACCCAUAUAUUAUAUGUACAUAUAUUAUUAAUUACACGCGAAAGAGUGCAAUAAAAUGCUGUCGGAGGAAAUUUCCGAGUAAGACUAUUUCCCGACAUCCUUAUUAUGAUCCGGCACCUGUUUGUUCCCUGCCGGGAGAUAAAUUGCAAUCAUUCUGUACGGUUUCCUGACGAAAAAAUUGCCGAUAACAAUAAAAGCACAGAUGUCAACGUAAUCAAAUAUUGUCAAGCUGCUGUUUUAUCGUAACGGCGGUACGAUAUCGCGCGGUGAUCCAACACAAAGAUAGAAAUUCAAAGUCAAUUAAAUCACAAUUUUCCGGCCGAUCCUGAACUUAUCAAAAGCCGACUUCAAAUUUCGCUUCUAUUUUUAACGAUCGUAACCGUUAGAUUCGAGGUAAACACGUCAGAUUCCCUCUGCGUUUGCUUUUCUACUCACUCGAACGAGAUUUGUAAAACCGGUUUGUGCGCUUUACUUCACGGCAUUAUUAUUUUAUACCUAAAUAAAUCCGGCACGGCGUGUCGGAAGUUGGUUUGGUUCCGAAGGUGUGCAAACGAUUCGGCGGGCUUAUUGCGAAAUCGGACACUAAUUAUUACGAUCGGUACUUAACGGACGAUUCUCGCAUAUCCUGAAAUGAGAUCCGUGAAUUGCCUUAUCGCGCGCAAUAAUCUCCCAUCGAGUUUAUUUAUCGGCUCGACAGCUUUUGUUUGGCGUUUGGCGACGGCGGGAUUACGCAGUCUCUUCUAACCAGCCAGACGCCACCGCGCAAAUACGAUUAACGGACAUAAACACAAAUAAUAAAUUAAUCGUUGCGCAACCAUUCUCACGUGCGGGCUGACGUGCGUUUCGCACGUAUGCAAUUUGAUAACAACAAAGCACGCGUGUUAUUACACGCACGUCAUGCUUCAAUCCCUCCCUUAUCUCAUCAAUAAAACUUGUCUAAUCGAAUCUCUCUCUUUAUUAUAGCGGAAUGAUUUCUAUACUAUCUCCUUUCUUAUAUCUUGCAACGGAAAAUCACAAUAGCAAGAUAAUACAAGAUGUUCGAUUAAUGUUCUUGUGAAAUAUGAAUGUUCUUAAUUCCGGUAUAGUCAAAUCGGAUAUUUUAUGAAUGCGGUAGAAUUCGCGCAAGCAAAAUGUUAGCGGUGUGUCGGCAGAUUGGCAACAGGUUUGAUGUCAGCAGACUGGCAUUAACUGCGUCUGCAUUCAGCUUGUAUUCUGCCGACAGAGUCUGCACACACAACCGGAUAGAAACCGGCCAAAUCCUGCCGCCAAACUGCGUGCAACAAGGUUUCUUCCGCCAAUCUAUUACCUCUCAACAUCUUCUGUCGCAUUGCUGACGCCGGUUUGGCAAUAUAAUCAGCGAUAUAAAACGGAUUCUGUGUUGAAUUAUUUAUCUGGUUAUUUUUCUGGCAUCAAAAACUUGUGGCAGGCUCUGCAUAAAAUUUGUUUGCGCAUGGAUAUCUUAUAAGCAUACAAUAUUAUUUAGUAUAAAGAAAUAUUCUGGACAUAUCUUUAGACGUAAUAUCCUAAUAAUAACGAACAUAUUCCCGAUAUUGAAAAUACUGAAAAAAAGCGACCGGGUCGAUCGAUUAGUUUUUAAAUUAGAAGUUAUUUUGGACAGAAAAGUUCCUGCUUGAUUCACCGAUCAUUUUGUACAACCACGGCUGAUCGAGACCGACGUUGGCGUUUUACAGUGCUGGUUUUAUUGCUCGUUAUAUCUUCUGCGAUAUUACAAAGGGGCGUUAAGAAUGUACAAAAGAUGGCAGAAGAACGUCGGCUGGACAGCGAUAGUAGAUCGGUGGCUUACACGAUAUUAUCCCAGAUGACAUCCUUCUCUUUUGUGCACGAUAAAACUUCGUCAAUUCCGCGAAGAAACGAGUUGUUU